AUGCUAAUAAAGUUGCUAAAAGAUGACAAAUUGAAGAGAAUUGGGGUAUGGGGACUACCAGGAGUGGGAAAAACAACGGUAAUGGAAAAACUAAACAACAAAGUCCAUGAAAUUCAGUUGUUUGACGAUAUCUUUUGGGUAAGUCUUACAAAAGGGGGGAGUGUGAGAAAGAUACAACUAGCAAUUUUGGAGCAGUUAAAAGUAGAAGUGAAAGGGAUCCAUGACAGUGAUCAAAUGGCAGACAUAAUAUCUGAAAUUCUGGUUAACAAGAAGUAUCUAUUGCUUCUCGAUGAGGUUUUCUCAGAAAUUAAUCUGAAGGAAGUUGGCAUUCAUGACGACCAUGAACAUGGAGCAGUGAUAUUUGCAUAUAGAGAUAGAGAUUUUUGUUGUUUAAUGGAUGAUCAUAUUAAGAUUGAAAGAUUAUCCAGUGAUGAUGCAAAAAACUUGUUCCGAAAAAUAGUGGGAAAUAUCAUAGAUCGACCAAACUUCAAGAAAAUUGCAGACCAAUUACUGAAGGAGUGCGGUGGGAUGCCACAAGUGAUCAAGUUAAUAGCAUAUAGUUUGAGAAAUGAGGAUGAUCCAGCUGUGUGGCGUCAUCUAUUUUCUGAUAUGCAAUCUCCAGGCAUGGAACCUGUGCAAGAAUUGCAAGAAGUUUACAAGGCAUUUAAACUUAUUUAUGACAAGCUACCCAUGGAUAAGAAGCCUUGCCUACUGUACUGGGCAUUUUUUCCCCCAGACUAUGAAGUUUACCAGGAGUACUUGAUCGAGUGCUGGAAAGCCGAACAAUUUAUUGUUGAAGCUAGAAAGCUUGGAGAAGCUCGUGACAAAGGACAUGCUAUAAUAAGGGAAUUUGAAAAGAAAUCUUUAUUAGAAAGGGGUAGAAAAGCAGGACACCUUAAGAUGCCUCUGUUUCUCCGACGCAUGGCUCUUAAGAUCAUGUACCAGGAAGAGAAGGAUUCAAAGUUUUUGGUAGGUGAUGGUGAAGAGAUAGAAGAACAACCAUUAGAGGAAGAAUGGGAAGGUGUGCAAAGGGUCUCAUUGAUCAGUCAGAAAUUAUAUUAUCUACCUUAG